CGUGUGGUCCGACACUUUUAAGACAAAUGGUGACGCAUAGUUUUUGAAAAAAUAUGACAAAAAUUAAAAUGUUAUUAAGAAGUGUGUUAAAAAACUGGUUCCUUAUUGGAAUUGUUGUAUUUAUUUUUGUGGCUCACCAGAUGCCAUGGAUUGGAGUGAACAAUGGGCCACUGUAUCCACAAUUUACAAUUAAAUAUCUAGCUGUAAUUGUUAUAUUUUUUAAUAGCGGAUUGUCUUUAAGACCCGAUGAUCUAAGUUCUGCAUUCUUUAGUUGCAAAAUACAUUUGUUGAUUCAACUAUUUACCUUUUUUUUUAUACCAGUAUUUAUAUAUUUAAUUGUUGAGUUUUUAAAAUCAAUAACAAACGUAAACGAGUAUCUUCUACGAGGGAUUCUUGUUGUCAGCUGCAUGCCACCUCCAGUUUCAUCAGCAGUUAUUAUCACAAAGUCUAUUGGAGGAAAUGAAGCAAACGCUGUAUUCAAUUCUGCACUUGGAAGUUUUCUUGGUAUAUUUAUAACUCCUGUAACUCUCUUUGGAUUUGUAGGAGUCUCUGGGUCAAUUCCAAUAAUGCAAAUUGUUACACAGCUAACUAUUACUGUUGUUAUUCCUCUUAUACUUGGUCAAGUGGUUAGAAGUUAUGUUAAAAAUUGGCUUGAAAGAAAAAAGCCCCCUUUGAGUGGAAUUGGAAGUUUUAUGUUGUUGCUUAUUAUUUUUGGAGCAUUUUGUGACACAUUUUCGAGCAAUAUGGAUGGACUUGGCUUUUCAGAUCUAUUAUUUGUGAUAAUGUUUAUUUUAGUUAUGCAGUUAUUAUUGCUUCGUGUGAUAUUUGUUUUAAGCACAAAGUUGAAUUUUUCAAAAGAAAAUGUUGUUGCUGUCAUGUUUUGUUCAACUCAUAAAUCUUUAACGCUUGGAAUUCCUAUUUUAAAAAUAAUUUAUAUGAAUGAUCCUUUCCUUCCAUUUCUUUGCAUACCGCUUUUGAUUUACCAUCCAUCUCAAAUUUUAUUAGGAGGUUUUUUAGUUCCUCAUGUUAAAAGUUGGCUAUAUGGGAAAAGACGUAGUUUUGCACGUGGUGUUUAAUUCUAUAAAGUUUUUAUAGAAAAGUUAGUAUUUGAAGUUUGUUUAAUAGAAAUUUAAAUUAUUUAUAUUGUUUGGCAAGUGAACAAAUUAGUUGCAAUUUUUUAAACCCUAUUUAGAUGUAUUAGUUAAGCAGCCUUUUCUGUCAAGAUUUAUUUUUUGGACUUUAUUUAUUGAAUAAACUUUUAAGUUUGAAAUUAUAAAUAAACAAAAAGAAAUGUUUUAUCACAAAUAAA